UAUGCUUAGCCUCUCGCUUUCGUCUCCAUCCAAACUCUCCUUACCUUCUCUCAAACCACCCUCAAACCCUUCCCGCCAAAAUCUUCCAUCAUCAUCAUCAUCAUCAUCAUCACCACCACCACAUAAGCAAGACUUUGAACUCUUUAACCACCGUCUGAUCCACCACCUCAAUGUGGGUCACCUCCACAAAGCAAUCUCCACCCUUGAUGGCAUGGCCCAAAAGGGUACCCACCCAGACCUCACCACCUACUCCCUUCUCCUCAAGUCCUGCAUCAGGUCCCGGAAUUUCCAACUCGGCAAAGUCGUUCACACUCGCUUGGCUCAGUCCCAACUCGAGCCCAACUCGGUCGUUCUCAACUCUCUCAUCAGCUUGUACUCAAAGUGUGGGGAUUGGGGUAAAGCAAAAGCCAUUUUUCAUAGUAUGGGAGAUAAGAGAGACUUGGUUUCUUGGAGUGCUAUGGUUUCGUGUUUUGCGAAUAAUGAUAUGGAAUUUGAAGCCAUUGGGACAUUCCUUGAAAUGCUUGAGAAUGGUUUUUACCCAAAUGAGUAUUGCUUCGCGGCUGUGAUUCGGGCAUGUUCGAAUGCGGACAAUAUUUCGAUCGGGAAGAUGAUUUUUGGGUUUGUCAUAAAGAGUGGAUAUUUUGAGUCCGAUUUGUGUGUUGGAUGUGCAUUGAUUGAUAUGCUUGUAAAGGGUAGUGGUGAUGUAGAUUUAGCGUAUAAGGUGUUUGAGAAAAUGCCUGAGAAAAAUGCGGUUACUUGGACUUUGAUGAUAACUAGGUUUAUGCAAUUGGGGUACUCAAGAGAGGCCAUAGAUUUGUUCUUGGAUAUGGUUUUAAAUGGGAAUGUUCCGGAUCAGUUUACACUGAGUGGAGUUUUAUCGGCUUGUGCAGAGUUAAAAUUGUUGUCGCUUGGGCAGCAAUUGCAUUCUUGGGUUAUCCAGGUGGGAUUGCCUUUGGAUGUUUGUAUUGGUUGUUGUUUGGUGGACAUGUAUGCAAAAUGUGCGUCAAAUGGAUCUUUGGAUAAUUCGAGGAAAAUUUUCGAUCGGAUGAUAGAUCAUAAUGUCAUGUCUUGGACAGCAAUUAUCACAGGAUAUGUGCAAAGUGGAGGGCUUGAUAUGGAAGCUGUCGAACUAUUUCACAAAAUGAUUAAGGCUCAUGUUACGCCAAAUCAUUUCACAUUUGCUAGUGUCCUGAAGGCAUGUGCAAAUCUUUCUGAUCUACGACUGGGUGAGCAAGUCUAUGGCCAUGCAGUGAAACUAGGUCUUGCAUCGGUUAAUUGUGUGGGAAAUUCUCUUAUUAGCAUGUAUGCACGGUCUGGCAUGAUGGAAGAUGCCCGGAAAGCUUUUGAUAUGCUGUUUGAGAAGAAUUUGGUUUCUUACAACACGGUUGUUGAUGGUUAUGCCAAAAAUCUGAAUUCUGAAGAAGCCUUUCAACUUUUUCAUGAAAUCGAGGAUGCAGGACUUGGGGCUAGUGCUUUCACAUAUGCAAGUCUCCUGAGUGGAGCUGCAAGUAUUGGUGCAAUUGGUAAGGGCGAGCAAAUUCAUGCCAGUGUACUGAAAUCAGGGUUUGAGUCAAACCAAUGCAUUUCUAACGCUUUGAUCUCUAUGUAUUCUAGGUGUGGAAACAUAGAAUCUGCUCUUCAUGUUUUUAAUGAUAUGGGAGAUCGGAAUGUUAUUUCUUGGACUUCUAUGAUCACUGGUUUCGCAAAACAUGGAUUUGCCUCUAGAGCUAUGGAAUUUUUCCACAAAAUGCUUGAGGUUGGUGUUAGACCGAAUGAGAUCACCUAUAUUGCUGUCUUAUCAGCUUGUAGCCAUGUGGGGCUGAUUUCUGAGGGCUGGAAACACUUCAAUGCGAUGUACAAAGAACAUGGCAUUGUCCCGAGAAUGGAGCAUUAUGCAUGUAUGGUCGAUUUGUUGGGCAGGUCAGGAUCCCUUUUAGAAGCCCUUGAAUUUGUUAACUCAAUGCCUUUCAAGGCUGAUGCGCUAGUCUGGCGUACAUUUCUUGCUGCUUGUCGAGUUCAUGGAAAUAAAGAACUUGGGAAACAUGCUGCUAAGAUGAUUCUUGAGCAAGACCCACAUGAUCCAGCAGCAUAUAUCUUACUAUCGAACUUGUAUGCUUCCUCAGGUCAAUGGGAGGAUGUGGCAAUAAUUAGAAAAAAUAUGAAAGAGAGAAACUUGAUUAAAGAGGCAGGUUGUAGCUGGAUAGAGGUUGAAAAUACGGUGCACAAGUUCCAUGUAGGGGACACUUCACACUCCCUAGCACGAGAGAUUUAUGAUCAACUGAACCAUCUGGCUUUGAAAAUAAAGGAACUGGGCUAUGUACCCGAUACAGAAUUUGUUCUUCAUGAUGUGGAGGAUGAACGGAAGGAGCAAUACUUGUUUCAACAUAGUGAGAAAAUAGCUGUGGCAUUUGGUCUUAUAAGCAUAUCCAAAUCAAAACCCAUCAGGGUAUUUAAGAAUCUUCGGGUUUGCGGAGAUUGUCAUGCUGCAAUCAAAUUUAUCUCAAUGGCCACUGGUAGGGAAAUAGUGGUAAGAGACUCUAACCGUUUUCACCACUUCAAAGAUGGGACCUGUUCAUGCAAUGAUUACUGGUGAUUUUGUUAAGGUGGAGUGAGAACAGUGAAGUUUUCUCUAUGACAGUUCUGCGCUUAUCGGACAGCUUAUAUGAGCUUCUUUUCUGGGCUCUUAUCUUCCUAAUUUGUUUGUUGAUUGAUUAUUCUUAUUCUGGUCACUUCCCAUUAAAACUCUUCAAGAGCUGCUUCUUAGGGAGGAUGAAAGUGGCCUACAGAGCCUACAAAUGGAAAAGAUUCCGGACGCAUGAGUGCCAGGUAUAAUUAAUCUUACGUUGGCAUGUAUAUUUGUCAUCUCAUUCUUUAACCUUUGUCUUGUUCUACUAGCUGUAAACUGUAUAAAUCAUACUUGUACCUGCUUUGUGUAAUCUGUAUGUCUGUUAACUUCAAAUUUGCGACUCCUUGUACAACUGCGAAUUUGGACCCUCAUUUGAUCAGUUAAUUUAUUGCCACUAUAUUCAUUUUCUCCCACCGUUCAUAUUUCCUAUUCUUCAAUGUUCUAGACGCCUUGUUCACUAUUAUCCUUUAUUCCCCUCCUGUAUAGACCUGCUAAUGUUUGCAUUUUCUGGUUUUAGAAGAAUGUUCAUGAAUAAAAAAAUGUGCUAAUGUUUUAGCAUUUCAAUGUUUCUGGUGCUGUGAGAUACAUGUGUUUGGCAUCACCGUGAUCCGCAGCGGACCUCGGGCUUGGCGUCAAUGAAAUAACCAACACCUUAAGGGAGCGGGGGGCAACCCGAAAAGGGCCGUCGGAAUGACACGGAGAGGGGAGCGACCUGGGUACAACACUCGAAAAACUUUACUGAUUUCGAAAGACAACUCCAACGGCAGCCAUAAAUCACACUCCAGAAACUUGACCAAUUGGAUUGGUCAGGGACGGAAUCAGGGUCAAUUAAUAUGGAUAAAAAUAGGCCUAGGGCCCAAAGAUAGAGGUCCAAUCGAUAUAAAGGCCCACUUACACAAAAGUUAAAAAGCCACAGGGAGCCUUAGAUAACCCAUCAUCAGAUGGUCUUCCGCUCACCUUCGGCCCAGAGCCAUUAUAGUGGUUCUCUCCUUAUUUUGCAAGCACCCGCAGUCUAGUCAAGUCCAAUCAUGCAAAAAUAUGCAUCAACAAAAACCAACUAAUAGUUGAGAUGGAUGAUGGAUCACAUGUAAAUCAUGUUGAUCUUGUUCCUAUAUUUUACUCUUAUGUUGAUUGUUAUAUUUCUUCAAUACCCAACUCGGAGGGUAAUGCACUCUCACCAUUCCUGCUGCUAAUAGCUUCAAAAGUUCUCUGUUUGUUUGCUUGUUUAACUACAGGAGAUGUAUUUACUCAAAUCUGAACCGAAGAGCUACACUCUGGUGUUCUUAAAUUAAAAAUUCCCGUAUGUCACUGUUAAAUCUCAAUUUAUUCGUCUUUUAGUGAUUACUUUAAAUUGAAAUGACAACAUUGCAGCGACCCAUAGGUAACAUUAAUUCAUGCCAUUUCUGUGAAAGGAUGAUCCUCAUACCGUGGCUUCCUUCAAUUAUGAACAAAUCGUUCCUAUGGACUUCAUUAAAGAACACUGUAGCACCCAUCAACAUUCAUGAUAGGUCACGUUCUGCACAGUUGACCCAAUCAUAGCCCUUUAUAUUUUCAUUCAAAAUCGUAUAAUAUAAUAAAAAUAAUUAAUAAAGGAAAGAAAA